AUGAGUAGGAAGAAGAAAGAAAUUCAUGUGCUUGGUUUACCAGAACCAUGGAAAGCAUUUUAUUCGGACAAACGAAAACGGAUAUUUUAUUUCAAUACGGAGACAAAGCAGUCAACAUGGGAAAUAUCGGUUGUGGAGUAUCCUUUGAGUGAAUCCGAUUUAUCUACGAAACAACCGGAUAUAGAAUAUCAACAAAGAACUUUAAAUAUUCUGGGAAAAGGCGAUGUAAACUCUCGAGGAAAUUUGGUUCCAGAAAAUGUUGGAAAGGGAGUGUCCAAUAAAAUUGAUUGCUUCCAUUGCUCGAAUAUUCCAAACACAAGCGAAUCAAAUGAAGAGCUGAUGGAAAUCGAUGAAAUUAGCAUAGAAGGAAUAAAUUAUCACGAAGAGCCGAUGGAGAUCGAUUUCGUUGUCGAAGAAGUGCAAGCUUUUCGUCGAGAACACUUUUUGCAUCCUAAUCUAUUUACCAAAAAUAAUCCGCAGUUUUUCCAUACUGCAAAAAAUAUGGAAGUUUGUGAAACGGCCAAAAAUGCUGAUGUGGCACUUAUAGUUUUCGACACAAGUUGCCUUCUUCAAGAUACAACACUUUUACCAAUGUGCACCGGAAAAAUAUGCUGUUCACUUAUUCCAUAUACCGUUUUGCAGGAAUUAGAUGGCUUAAAGAGAGCAAAAUGUGAUGAACUACGAUCUAAAGCUGUAAAAACAGUUGCUUAUCUGCAUGAUUGUAUAAAACGUGGAUGCAAUUAUUUGUUCAUAGAAACCACAUUCGAGGCUUUAAAUGGUAUGGAAGAAUUUGGAUGCCAAAAUAACGAUGAUAUAAUUUUGAAAUGUGCAUUUGUAACCGCCAAAAAAUAUGAGAAUGAGUCGGUUCGUGUGGUAUUUGCCACAAAUGAUAAAAAUCUUGCAGUCAAAGCAGCGGCACAUAAUAUCGUAACAGCUGAUAGAGACGAGUUGUUGCAUUUGCUAGCAACUGAUAUAUCAAAGGACAAAAGCCAACAGUUUAUGAUGAGAGAUGCUUCUCAGAAAAUCUCACCGUCAGACUUCUCGUUUACACUAACUGAUAAGGAUAAGCCAUCGUCAUCGACUGUUAAAACUACACAAAUUACAGCAGCUAGAAAAGUUGAUAUUGGAAGUGGUGAUAAGUUAUUUAAGAGGAAAAGAUUAUACGAAUUAAGUGGACAUUGCAUGGAUGAUUUUUUGGAUACAUUUGCCGAUCUCGUCCAAUAUCUUCAGCGCAGGAAAGACAAGAAAUCAGUCGAGGACACGAGAAGGAUUAAUAAAGUUAUCGAUUCAGUUAUUGAGAAUGAGGCAUCCUCACUGAGUGUUCUGGUAGAUAUGGUGUCGAAAUUUUACGAUUUUUAUGCAGAUCGCAACGUUUUCAUAUCAGCGACACAUUUUGAUAAAAAGAAGCUCACAAAUGAAUACGAAAACGCAACCAACACAAUUAAGGAAAAGUUGCGCACAUUUCAAAAGCAAUUAGCUAUUCAUCCAGGUAUGACUUAA